AUGAAAAAUGACAGGACCCGCUCCCAAGAACCAGACUGGGGCAAGCUUCGGCCAGGACCGUUCACCGAAUGCAUAAAGCGCUCACGGCAGGAUAUGGAUAUACAACCACUUCGCAUACCGUUCUACACUAGAGUGGAAGACCCCUUGACGCACCUUUACUCCUUCCAAUCGGCAGUCGGAUGCAAGGGUCUCAACGACGAGGGGCAAUGCCUGCUGUUCCCGUCCUCCCUUACCGAAGUCGCAUUGAAUUGGUUCUACCGUUUGGAGCCUGGAACGACGGACCAUCUAUACUCUGCCGAUGAUUUGUACACGAUUCGGCAAAAGGAAGAUGAGCCCCUACUGGAAUACGCUACACGCUUCAGUCACAAAUACUCGAGGUGUCCAGAAACGGACGACAUGGCAGCCUACGGAGCCUUCGGUCCUCACACUUUCAGUACCUCGUGCACAGUAGCAACUGGCGUACAUAUGACGAGCUGA